CACAUUUGAGUUGAUCUCCACCAACCAAAUAAAUAAUUACGAAGGGGACCAAAUCUCCAAUAUAAAUAACCAUUACUAUUAUCUUUCCAUUCAAUAGUAUCCCAUUACAAAAAAACCGUCACCCUAAUCCUUUGCCUUAAUAUUUCAUCUAAUUCACCACACGACAUGGCUCCUUCUCUUCAACAACCAAUUCCAUCUGCAGCAAUAACCACCGAUGCAUCAUCGGACGUUACCAUCACUGGAAAGAUAUACACACGAGUUCGUCUUGCUACGAAAUUUGAUCUGUCCCAUAUAUACAAAUUGUUUUACCAAAUCCAUGUAUACCAUAACUAUACUCAUUUAUACAAAGCUACUGAGUCCUCCUUAGAGGGCUUGCUUUUUAAAGAAAAUCCUCUUCCACUUUUCUAUGGGCCAUCCGUACUUCUACUUGAAGUCUCCCCAACCCCUUUUGACGAACCCACAAACGAAGGGUUUAAGCCUGUCCUUACAACGUUCGACCUUAAAUUCUCUGUGGUGGAAGGACAAGUUGAGGAAUUCAGAUCCAAAUAUGAUGAUAAGAGUGAUGUUUACAUCGCGGGAUAUGCUUUCUUUUACGCUAAUUAUUCGUGCUUCUAUGACAAGCCUGGGUUCUAUUUUGAGAGUCUUUACUUCAGGGAGAGUUAUAGGAAGUUGGGAAUGGGGAGCUUAUUGUUUGGGACAGUUGCAUCCAUUGCUGCUAACAAUGGGUUUGUAUCGGUAGAGGGAAUAAUCGCAGUUUGGAAUAAGAAGGCAUAUGAUCUUUACAUAAAUAUGGGAGGUGAAAUAUUUGAUGAGUUCAGGUAUGGCAAAUUGCAUGGUGAAAACCUUCAAAAGUACGCUCAUAACAAGGACAAAAAUGACGAAGAAAGCUGUUAGCUAUUGUGAAAGUUUAAUUCAUACAUUUCUAUUUGUAAUUUUGUAAAAGCAGGAUGCUGAUCAUCAUUUAUCAGUCUGUAUUUGAAAAUUUUAAAUUGAUUAUCACAUUAAAAUAAUCUCUAUGAUUCAUUUAAUUAAAAUAAUCUCUAUGAUACAUUUAAUUUUAUGUGACACAAAGGAAAAUCGCGGAAGAGAGAGUAUAUUUUGUCAAAACCUAUUGUAAAGUCCAAAGUUCAUACGUAAGUCGUAAUGACGUCCAUACUCAUAUUCUUAUCCAAUUCAAUACACACAAAUGUCUCUAUUU